UCUAGUUUAAUCAAUUCAAUCAUCACUCAUGCUUGCGCCUUUCUCGUGCAGCUUCAUCUCAUUUUCUGUUCAAAAAAAUGACCUUGUGAUUUGAUUGCUAUUUAAUUAUCAUUCCCCAUCUUUUCCUUUUCCGGUCUCCUAUUCCGUGACAAGUUAGAGCAAGAAGAAGAUAGCGUCUCUAUCCGAGGAGACUGAAGCCUAAUUCACCCCUGGUCACUUUCAUCGCACAUCCAAUACCCAUUAUCUACCAUCUAUUUUGAGCGGUGAUAGUUACCCAAUUACCCUUUCUCAACACCAGCGUCAGCGUCAGCAUCAAUCUCGCAAUUCAUUUUCAUUAGACUUAAUCAUAAUGGCUCCCGAGCUAAGCACCUUCGAGGCCCGAAGGAGAGCAAAUGUGGUUAACAAUGCCAAGUUGCUAAAAGAAUCGGCCGAGGUCGCGGCCAAGAUGCGCAAGGCCGCAGCUCCGCCGCCCAGAGCAACCGCACCCAAGAAGAGGAGAGCUGCCGAACCAGCCCCUCGUACCCGUAUCAUGCCUACCCGUCAGAGUGCAAGACUCGCCGGAGCCGGUGCCGAACCAAGUCUCAAGCUUGAAGACGUACCUGCUGAGUUGAAGCCGCCCGAACCCAAACGCAUUCGCACAAGUGGUGAUUUGCAACUGUCAAAUCUUCAAGUCGAGGGCCAGAGAUGGUCAAGUACCAAUGCUCUCGCUUCGUUUGUUCAAGGCGCCCAACCAGGCGUUCGAACUUUCACUGAGGAUGAUAUCAAAGAUACCUCAGACAGCAAGCUAAAGGACCUCAGAAAGGAGAUGGGUGAUCUUACGCUCUAUGACGGCUGGGUCCCGAACGAUAUCAAAAUUACCCCCGAGCGUGUAUAUUCUCUCACGUUUCAUCCUAUACAGGACAAACCGAUCAUCCUCGCAGGUGAUAAGAAGGGCACCUUAGGCUUUUUCGACGCAUCGCAAGAAAAGCCCACCUAUCCCGAAGAGGAUGACGAGGACGUCGAUAUUCCUCUACCUCAAGUGGGUGCCUUCGAAGUACAUAGCAGGACUAUCACUUCUAUAAAAGUGCCCAUAUUCGAUCCAAAUUCGGUCAUUACUAGCUCCUAUGACUCGUCAAUACGUUGCCUGGAUUUACAAUCGCAAGUCAGCACCCAGCUAUGGCAACCCGAUGACGACGAUAUCGAUAUGGGUAUAUCGUGCAUUGAUAUGUCGCCCGAAGCUAAAGACAUCAUCCUCUUCUCAACUCUAGAAGGUACCUUUGGAAGAUUCGAUAGGCGUGCAAAGACUAAAGCAGAAAUCUGGAGCCUGUCUGACAAUAAGAUCGGUGGCUUUUCCCUAAACCCUCUCCUACCUCAUCUUGUAGCGACGGCAUCGCUUGAUAGGACAUUAAAGAUAUGGGACUUGAGAAUGAUUAACGGCAAAGGUGAUCUUCGUCGGCCCUCGUUACUAGGCGAACAUCAGUCUCGAUUGUCCGUGUCGCAUGCUUCAUGGAGUCGAAAUGGCUACUUGGCAACGUCAUCCUACGACGACACGGUUAAGGUCUACGAUAUGACCGACGCAACGAAGUGGAAGCCUGGCCAAGACCUGUCCGCCAAGCAGAUGAAGCCGGCGCACGUAAUUCCGCAUAACAAUCAGACGGGCCGCUGGGUAACCAUUCUUAAGCCGCAAUGGCAGAUUAACCCCACGGACGGUGUGGAGAAGUUCGCAAUCGCCAAUAUGAACCGGUUCGUUGAUAUCUACGACAGCGAGGGAAAGCAGCUCGGGCAGCUUGAUGGUGAAGGGAUUACUGCGGUGCCUGCAGUUGCAGAGUUUCACCCCACGUUGAAUUGGCUGGCUGGCGGAACUUCCAGUGGAAAAUUAUGUCUCUGGAUGUAAGGGCAGAUAAGUUGACAAAGCAGUGUACCUAUGUAUGAUGGGCGGGGUUUUGUAGCUAUAGCUUUGGCACUUGUAUAAACUACGAUAUUGCAUCCUACGGCAGGGAAGCCAUGGAAGUGAUGUACCCAGGGUAUCGGCGUAGGGGGGCAUGAUUGGCUACCUGUUCUAAUCUAUUAUGAUGUAGCAAUGGACAAUGACGUCCUAUUUUAUACUUGAGCGUCGAAUAGCAGGCAUACUACGAAGUAGCUAGUAA